AUGUCGGCCGUGCAGCCAGCCGCGCCGAGUCGGCCCGCGGCCGUCGUGGCCGUGAGCCGCCGGUCGCUCUACGUCAGCCUCGCAUGGGCCCUCUACGUCGUCCUGACCCCGAUGCAAGCGUAUCUGUACGAGAGCUACCCGUGGCAGGUCGAGACGCCGACGGACCACCCGCGCGCGGACGCCAACUGGCACGACGCGUCGGCAUAUUGGCUCAACUACAGCCAACACCGGGCGACCUUUCUGCCAGGCGCGCCAUACGAGCACGACGUCGCGUGCAGCAUGGACAUGCACCGCAUGGUACUCAACCUCAGCGAGCCCAUUCUCGCGAGUGCCUGCCACGAAAGCUUUGUGUACACGCUCAACAAUGGCGCGCUCCUCAGUACAAGCCUUCAAGACACGCUCUGCGCGUUUGCCGCCGAGCCAUCGCUUCGCGGCGUCGGAGGCUGCCAGCAAAACCACGCACUGCACCUCGAAGUGUCCAUCAUCUGCAUGUGGAUCGUGCCUGGGAACGACGUGGAUGCAUCCGCAGCGUCGGCGCCCGGUGUCUUUACGUACUACAGCUCGUUUCGCAUGUCGCCGUCGGUCCGCUUCUUGGAAGGCAAGUUGCUGCUUCGCAUGGCACUGGUCCUGCACAUGGCGUUUCUCAUGUGGCACCAAUACUACCGUGUCGUCUUCGAGGCAAUGGCAUCCUGCCAACGCUACCCAGCGUCGCGCGUCACCUUGUUUGUUGGCGACCCCACGAGCCUUGCGCUCGUCGACAUUGUAUCUACGACGGGCAUGUGUCUGGACCUAUGGCUCAGCGCGCCCGUGAUUGGCUCGGCCAUGCUCGCGGUCGUUCAAGUGGAUGCUCUUUGGUUUCACUUUACCGCCUACGUCUACCUCUCGCGCACUGCGUGGCUCGCGUACGCCUUCGUCUCGGGCUUGAGUCGCGUCCUCAAAAUGUACGGAGCUGAAGACCGCUUCACGCCACUCGACCCGACGGUUCUUUGGCUCGUUGCCACGCUCGUCGCGGGGCCGCUCACGUAUGUGCAAGGCCAGUCGAGUUUGUGUGUGCAGCUGUACGUUUGGUUCUUCAACGCACCGGCCGUCCACCCGAGCGCGAUUCAAAUCCUGUAUGCGCUCGCUGUCUUCUUCCUCACGAUUAGUCUCUUGCCAAUGCUCUUGGGGUGGCGCCGCGUGCCUUUGCUGCCCGCGCCCAUCGCGCCCUCCGCGGGCGCAACCCUCUCCAAGUUUGCAUCGCCAGCCUUCAACGACUACAAGCACCAGCUUCUAUGGCGCUUUAUCAUGGGCCGAACACUGCUGCAGACACCGGGCCUCCACUUUCAAGGCGGUGGUAUCUAUGCUUUUGGCCACACGAUGCCGGCAAUGCGGCAGUCGCCGUGCUUGAGCCAGCGUGGCACCGACUGCUUCGCAGUGCUCUGCGACGACAAGGGCGACGCCACUGCUUGCGUGCGCUUGAGCUUGAUGUGCACGCUCGAUAUUCACCAGCGCGGCUUGGAGAUUGGCACUGGCCUUGAUGACGAGGUCUUUGGCCACGUUUCGAUCGAGGUCGACAAGACGACGAACGCAGCUGUGUACCGCUUGACCAAGCCGCUCGGCAGCUGCGCAUGGCUGGAGUAGUAUAGGCAUCUCGGUGGUGCUGGCCAAUAAUUACAUACUAGUACUGCAUGUCCA